AUGGAAUCCGAGAUGAGGGCGAACAAACUGAGACUAGAACAAACGGAGGAGACGGUUAGGGUCCGGGAUGCCACGAUUGCUAGAUUGGAAAAGGAGCUGGAGGAGGCUGGCAUCGCUGUGCUGAAUCUGGAGGGCAAAGUGAGGGAGGAGGAGACGAUAAGGAGGAAGCUGCAUAACACUGUGCAGGAGUUGAAGGGCAAUAUCAGGGUGUUUUGUAGAGUGCGGCCGCCGUUGCCUGCUGAAAUCGAGGAGAAGAAGGAGGAUGUUCUCACACAUAUCAGCUUUGAGGACAGUGACGAUCAAGUCAUUGAGCUGAAGCAGACUUCGGAAUCAGCAUCUGGUCAGAAAAUGGUCGCAAAAUCGUACCCAUUCUCGUUCGACCGCGUCUUUCAACCUGGCACCAAGCAACUGGCCGUCUUUGACGAAAUCUCGCAACUCGUGCAAUCGGCGCUGGAUGGAUACAAUGUGUGCAUCUUUGCGUAUGGUCAGACAGGCAGUGGCAAGACAUUCACAAUGGAAGGCCCAACCAACGCCGCUGAAGAUUCCGAAGACCUCGGCAUGAUCCCUCGCGCGGUCCACCAGAUCUUCGACACGGCGACGAAGCUCAAAGAGAAAGGAUGGACUUACGACAUGGAAGCGCAGUUUUUGGAAAUCUACAAUGAGAGCAUACGCGACCUGCUGGGCAGCGCCGGUGCGGAGGGCAAGCAUGAGAUUAAGCAUCAUCCGGUUACGGGGAAGACGUCGGUUACUGAUGCUAGCACGGUACUGGUAACGACUCCGGCGGAAGUGCACAAGGUGUUGCGAAAGGCGUCCCAGAAUCGUGCAGUCGCGUCCACUAAUUGCAAUGAGCGCUCUUCUCGGAGUCAUAGCGUGUUCACCCUCCGCCUCACCGGCACCAACAGCCUCACCUCCGAGACCUCAUCCGGCAUCCUCAACUUGAUUGACCUAGCCGGCUCCGAGCGCCUCUCCUCGUCCGGAUCGACCGGCGACCGCCUGAAAGAGACGCAGGCCAUCAACAAGAGUCUCAGCUGCCUCGGCGAUGUGAUCUAUGCGCUUGCGAAUGGCGAUAAACACGUGCCGUAUCGGAAUAGCAAGUUGACGUAUUUGUUGCAGGGGAGUCUUGGAGGAAACUCGAAGACGCUGAUGUUUGUGAACGUCUCGCCGCUGGCGGGAAGUUUCCAGGAAACGCUGUGCUCUCUCAGAUUUGCGACUAAGGUCAACUCGUGCCAAAUAGGGACGGCAAAGAAGAUGAUCAAAUGA